UGUCUGAGCGGCACUCGGUGUGACAGGAGCGUGGGGUAGUUUGCAUGCAGCCUCCGCGGGACUGCGGUGUACAUCAAAUUGGCGUGGAUAAAAUCACGUUACGGCAGGAUGGAUAACGGUGGAAUACUGACGGCCAGGCCGAACAUCAGGCUACAUUGGCCGAUUUAGAAAUAGCGCACGGCGUUUUGAUCGUGGGCUAUAUGACCUCCGGUCUAAAUGCAACUGAUCUCUAACGGUGUUUUCCUCCAGGCGAUGAUGCUUCCCUUUAUGCUUCUAGUCGCCGUGCUGUGAUGCUUCAUGUGUCAGCUGUAGUUUUUAAUUAUUUCGAGUCGUUUGUACACGUUGCUGUACCGAUCCGCAAUACUGAUCGCCAGCUUUAACAUUCGUGAGGAUUUUAUACUUGGCGACUGACUCAGCGCAUUGUCUUAGUUCUGUGAACUGUGACAGAUUUCUGCAGGAUACAUGCGGGAAAUCGGCAGUUUUUAUACGGCUUAACUUGAGAGCUGUGUUUUUUUUCCUGUGUCGUUUCGCGUGAAGCUGUAGGCAUCGAUUUUGUUACUUAUUAGUGCUGUUACAAUUUGUAAGGGUAUUUUAAAAUCAAAUUACUCUUCCUUUACUUGACUAGGCGUUCCCUAUGAUGUUAAGAAAUAGUACAGUGACAAAAUAUACCCAGUUCAGCAGUAAGUUAUUUUGUGUAACAAGUAGUAAUUGUUAAAAAGUAUUUUGUUAUUUCAGGAAUGUGUUCUGAAUGUAUUACGUAAGUAUCAGUUGAUCUGAAUUACUGUGGUUUUGGCGACUAGGAAAGCAUUGUGCUACAUCCGUGGUAAAUUGAAAACGCUGACUAUACAUACAUAAAUAUAGCUGUGAAGUUGGGCUGUGCCCAUUGUCGCUGGAGUUGCUGGAUGCCACUCACCUGUUGUGGCAGUGCUUGCUUCUGAGAGCCUGUUUCGGGACGGAGACAGGCAGACCGGGGGUGCCGCCAUGCCAGGGGACAGGACUGGGGCUGCGGCAGGCGUGCAGCGGAAUGCCGUCUGUGGCGAAGGGGAGGCGCAGAGAGACGGGGAGCCUGAGGACGAGGGGGAUGAGGAUCUGCGGGACGGAGGGGUCCCCUUCUAUGUGAACCGCGGCGGCCUGCCUAUCAACGAGGAGACGUGGGAGCGCAUGUGGAGGCACGUGGCCCGGAUUCACCCCGAGGGGGACGUCGUAGCAAGGAGGAUCAGGGGAGCCACCGACCUGCCUAAGAUUCCAACACCGAGCGUGCCUACGUACCAGCCAGCCGCCAGCGUCCCACAGCGACUGGAAGCCAUACAGCGAUACGUCAGGGACUUGCAGUACAAUCACACUGGGACACAGUUUUUCGAAAUUAAGAAGAGCAGGCCUCUUACCGCGUUAAUGGACAUCGCCAAGGAGAUGAUUCGGGAGUCGCUGCCAAUCAAGUGUCUGGAGGCGGUGAUCCUUGGAAUUUACCUCACCAAUAGCAUGCCGGGGGUGGAGCGCUUCCCCCUCAGCUUUAAGACACAGUUCUCAGGGAACCACUUCCGGCACAUCGUGCUGGGCGUGCACAGCGGGGGGCGCUUCGGAGCACUGGGAAUCAGCCGGCGGGAGGACCUGAUGUUCAAGCCACUGGAGCACCGCACGCUGGCCGACCUGGUGCAGGAGUUCGAGAGCGCCUACCGCCGCUACUGGCACACCAUACGCAAGGUGAAGAUAGGUCAGUAUGUGUCACAUGACCCCCACACCGUGGAGCAGAUCGAGUGGAAGCACUCCAUCCUGGAUAUGGACAAGCUGUCCAAGGAAGAGCUCCGGCGCGAGCUGGAGAGGCACGCCCGGGACAUGCGGCUCAAGAUCACCAAGGCCGUCCCCUCCUCUCCGACCAAAGACAGGAAGAGAGAUGUGGGCUCCCCUCAGCGGGGCCCCGGAAGCCCCCUGCGAAGGAACAGCCGCAGCGAGAGACGACCAUCAGGUGAAAAGAAGUCGAUGGACCAGAAGGCCCCUGCCGAUGUUAAUGGCUACCAGAUCCGCGUAUGAGGAGGGGUAGCCCGAGGCUCUCCGCUGCCUCCAGAGGCUGGGAGGACUGCAGAAUGCGGCAAGAGAGAACGAACUGGAAACGACUCAAACUCAACAAGUGUCUCUGUGCCACCAGCACCCCCCCCACACACUAGGGGAGAUGGUACCCUUUCAAGGUGAAUAUUUAAUGGCUUUAUAAGACAAACUUGUUAAAGAACCAGUUAUGUUUUUCAUUUAGUUACAUCACUUUUCACAUAUUUUGAUUACUUGAUGUGAACCUUUGGAUAACUUUUUUGGAACUGAAGUGUUCAACCAGUCAGCGUUUCAACUAUCCUUGCAGACAGUCUGUAGAGUGCACAUCUUUGUGUCAAUCUUGAUGUAUAUAAAUGCCAUUAAUCUUUAGCUCUGCUGGACAGUAACCAGGCUUUUGUAGAAACUAGUUUUCAAGCCAAGUCUUUGGUGCCUUUGAUGGGUAGUGAAUGGGUAGUGAAUGCAUGUGCGAGCCAGGACACUUGCGGAAAGCUGAAGUACAGACUUUCGUGACUUGUAGGGAGUAAUGACUUUAGCACAUGAACACCUCAAGAAGUGUGGGAAGGAUUCAGCAGGACACACCAUCGGUGCUCACAACUAGUCCAACAGACCAGGACACAACAAUCUUGAUACAGCUCCUCUAUGGGGAAUUCCACACCCUAUUGAGGCUGUUUAACACAUAGGUAGCAUCACAGCGACACCGUGUGGCUGGUUUCUUACCUGCAUCCCAAGUACUGAAUGUAUAAGUCACAUAUCUGGAAUUUAAAAGCUUUGUUCCAAUCAGUCCCCCACCCUGACUGACUCUCCAUUCACCCUUGGGCCUUUUGCAUUAUGAAGGAUCUGUGGUCAAUGCAAUUCUCAUUGAGACAGACAAACCAGCUCUUUGUUCAAAAUGAUAAGGUUCAUGUCCUAUGGAUGUUCUCUAGAACAUCCUCCUCCAGUAGACUGCACUUCAUGGGUACUGUUGAGUUCCAGGAGCAUGUAUGGAAAACGCUUUCCUGUAAAAUGUUUGUUUGGAAAGGUGUGUGCUUAUUACUUGUGUCUUAAAGGCAACUUCAAGCAGUGAUCUAGUACUUCUCAGUAUUUACCAAGGUUUGUCAGGUCUUAAGGUGCAAAACAGUUCUUUGUUUACAAUGUUUACGUCUGUAUUUUUUUAACACGCAGCACAGGGAUACUGCUGCUGUUUCACACAUUAUUGUGAGAGUAGACAUUUACACUGACUAAGAAAGGAAGGUUAGAUGCGGUUACAGUUAAUGAGAUCUGUUUACUACACAAAUGCAGCCGGUUUUCUGGAAGAUCCACUCAGUCAUGCCAGUCAGCCCAAGAUUUAUACAAAUAGGGGCAAAAUUACAUUGUAUUUAGUUGCUUCAUCAUCCAAUGAAAAGCUUUCCUGGUGACUGGGGAGCUUCUCUUCAACCAAAGCAUUUUUCUGGAAUGCAGAUGAGUGUCUUCUCUUUAAUGCCCCUGUUCCAUUUCAGCAGAGUCAGCAGAACUCGGGCUCAGCACCCGACCAGAACAAAUAACUGAGCAGGUGUCCAGACUUAAUUUUGACCCUGUUCAUCGGGCACCAGCUUGAGCCUUGUUCCCUCGGCCCUGACAUAUAUCUAGCUCCGUUUUCUGUGUUGUGAAACAUACUGGGAUCCUUGGUUCUGAAAACAGAGGAAAGAGUUGCGGUGUUUCGAUGCCAUGCGGCCCUCAAGUCGACAUUCACUUACAUUUGUGCUUUGUGGCAAAUCACUCAUUCUGCUCUACUAUGAUGGACGGAGAGGAAGAACAGACUUUUGGUCUUACUGGCAAACUAUCAAAAACACAAGGAUGCAGCAUUUAAUUGUUGAGUUUGAGACACAGCUUCCAGAAACCAGGCGGCAGAUUUGUGGCUUUUUAUACACCGUGCUAUUACUUAUUUCUGAGUCCAAAAAAAUGUUAUGUGGAGCUACACAGCAAUGAAGCAGACACAUGUUCUUAGAGAGUACUGUGAGAUCACCAGUACUAUUCUUUCACUCAAACAGUAAUAAAAAUUACUUUUUCUAUGUUUCA